GCCAUUUUGAGGAGUUUGAUCGACAUGAUCGAUGUCAACAGCAUCUGCGGAACAAGUGGAGAUGGACUUUAAAACAUAGUCCUUUCUAAUUAUAAGCACCAUCAUUUCGUCUUGAAAUGGCCAUGCAAUUUAUCACAACUUAGGCUCCAGUCAGAAUGGAUACAGACCUUAAUCCCAACUUUCCCUUCUAGUGAACCUACGUGUAGUCUGCUCUCAUUGCACAAACCCGUGCGCCAGCACUAUGGUGGAGAAACAUGCAGACAGCACCGAAGGCCAGACUACCAUCCCAGGAGCCGUACAGACUUCUGUACAGCAAACUCCCCAACCAAACCUCAGGCCCCCACGCAGGACAGACAAUUAUAACAAAGGGAUUGAGGAGUAUGACGAGCUGCUGGAAGACGAACCCAAAUACCAGGAUGAAGAGCCUGAGAAUGACGAGGAGGAAGAAGAAGAUGUGGAAGAUGAAGAGGAGGUGGAAGGAGAAGGAGGAGACAGUGGGGCAGAGGAUGUGCCUGAGGAGAAGGUAGAAGAAAGGGAGGCAAAGGAAAGGGUCCAGUCAUCCACAGGAAAGAAGAAGAAAAAGAAGAAAAAGAAGUUUAUUGGCAUAAACUUAAGUGGUUGCAAAUAUGAUUCGGUCAAGCGUAUGGCCAGGAAGUUUGGCAUGAAGGAGGUAACUGAUGAUGAGGACUGGAUGUUGUGGACUGACUGCACGGUGUCUUUGGAAAGGGUCAUGGAAAUGAAGAGAUUCCAGAAAGUGAACCACUUCCCUGGUAUGGGUGAGAUCUGUCGGAAGGAUUUGCUGGGACGGAACCUGACCAGAAUGCUCAAGUUGUUUCCAAAGGAAUAUGCCAUCUUCCCCCGCACUUGGGUGCUUCCUGCAGACUACGGUGAUUUCCAAGCCUUCUGUCGAACCAAAAAGAACAAGACUUACAUCACUAAGCCAGAGAGCGGAUGCCAGGGCAAGGGCAUUGCCAUCACAAAGAACCCCAAAGACAUCAAGCCAGGAGAGCACAUGGUGUGCCAACAGUACCUGACGAAGCCGUUCUUGAUUGAUGGGUUUAAGGUGGAUCUUCGCGUCUACGUUGUAGUGACAUCAUGCGAUCCCCUCAGGGUGUACGUCUACAAGGAUGGACUGGCUCGGUUUGCUACGGUUAAAUACACAGAGCCAACUAACAGCAAUUUGGAUGACGUCUAUAUGCAUUUAACAAAUUACGCCAUCAACAAACACAGUGCUGACUUCAUCAGAGAUGAGGAAAAAGGCAGUAAAAGACGUUUGAGCACCUUGCAAAGAUGGUUUGAUGACAACGGCUACGACUCGGAAGCCAUCUGGGAGGAGAUGUACGACGUGAUCAUCAAGACGCUCAUCUCGGCCCAUCCCAUCCUCAAGCACAAUUACCGCUCCUGCUUUUCCAACAUCAACAACAACAAGGGCAGCAGCUGCUUUGAGGUGCUGGGCUUUGACAUCAUGCUGGACAAGAAGCUAAAGGCUUGGCUGCUGGAGGUGAACCUAUCCCCCAGUUUUCACACCGAUCACAGAUUGGACAAAGAGGUGAAGGAGGGACUCCUCUUUGACACCAUGAACAUUAUCAAUCUGACGCCGUUUGAUCGCAAGAAGUGUCUGGAGGAGGAGAGGAGGCGAGUCAAGGACAGACUGCUUCAUAGGGGCAAGAAAGAACCCAAGAAAGAGGAAUCUCUUGAGUCAUUGGCGACAAUUCAAGACACUCUGAUCAAAUAUGAAGACGAACACAUAGGCGGUUUCACUAGGAUUUAUCCCAGAGAAGGUAGUGAGAAAUAUGACAGAUACUUCCAGCAUAGCGGCUCUCUGUUCCAAGAAACAGCUGCCUCCAAAGCCAGGGGAGAAUGCGCCAGACAACAAAGAGAAGAGCUCCGGCUGAAACAAGAAAAACUUGAAAUGAUGCUGAGGAAGAAACCAACAGAAAGAAAAGACCCCGAAGGGACUAGACCAGAAAGUCCCGGCAGAGAGAAGGUUAAACGGCGGAGUAGAGUCACUAUACCCAGGGUAGCCUACGGAAAACGUCUCAACCAAUCCAACUCACAAACCGAGGUCAAGCAAGAACACGAGUUUAUUAACACCAAAGAGCCAACGGACAUUCUGGAGGAGGAGGAACUGGAGAGGGUCAGCGCUCUGCUCCAGCGCGAUAACCUCGUCCGAGGUUUGGGGGUCGUGGAACACGUCUACAGGUUACUACACUGCACACCCGGCACAGUUGGGGUAAUGAAGAAUGCCGAGAGACAGGCUAAUGGCUUGAUGCCACACCCACCCCUGGGAUCCCAGGUGUUCCAUGGACUGACAGAGGAGGAUGUUGAUCUGGAUAGUGCUAUGAAAAAGCAGGAUAGUGUGGAGACUCUGCAGUCAAUUAGUGAGCAUGAGCUCCAGGACCUGUCUGGUAAGAGUAGCCGGCUGACCUUCAGUGACCACAUGGCUAUCACCAUGCCGCCGGAUGUCAAUGCUCUACGCCCCAAUAACCUCCCAUAUGCUGCUCAUAACCCGCCUUCAUCUUUCACACAGCAGAUAUCAGCGCCUUCAUCAACGGCCAUGCGUGUGCAGCCCCACCCUCCUGCCCACGUCACCAGUGGCCAGUGGCAGUCUGUGCUGGCGAAAAAUGGCCGCGUCCCCACCCACAGUCAACAGCAGCAAUCCACCCUCAGCCAGAACCCAAAUCCCACCGCCGCCACCACCCUCCAGCAGAGGUACCGCUUUGCCCCCAGGAAGGGGUACCCGUCCGGAGGUCGUGAGGCCCGGCUGGCCAGCACUGUGGUGCCCGAGGUGGAGUGGAAGCACCUGGCGCACCUGCUGGACCCAGAGGGUAGAGGCAUGGCCAACGCAGGCGGGGGCAGCAGGUUGAUAACAUCCACCACGCAGGGUCAGAAUGAUUGGCGGUGCGGGGACUGCGCAAGCGGGGCUGUGUUGCACCACCCUCAGGAGAGAAGGAUACUCAGUGCGAAUGCCAAUCAAAGAAGAGAUCCCUCUAUGAAUCACACAAGACACAACCCGCGAAUCGGUGCAGUCAACAGCACCACCAAUCUCACGACGGUGGCCAUGUGUGCCACACCACCCAACAUCUACAUCGGCGGCGCCAGUAGCAACCACAACUUCCCCAACCUGAUCCGUGUCACCCAGAGCCCCACAUCCGGCGGUGCGGCCACACUCAACCUCUCAGUGGUCUCGGGACCGGCGCCCGUCCUGCACAGGCCUGAGCUGGGGUCGGCAGGCAGCAAGCACUCUGUAGGGCGGGUCGAGCGAUUAGGAAGUGCCAACAUGAACGACGGCUAUCUAAGCAAUAAGCACAAGGCCCCAGGCCUGCCCACCGUGGCCCUGAAACUGUCUCACAGGCCCAACUAUACAUCCUUGUGCGUGCCGAUGCCGGGCGUGGCACGGCCAAGCCUCAAGUGUCAACAAAAUCACAAAGACUAAGAGGUACAUCCAACACACUGAGACUAAAGCAACUUGAAAUGCGUGAGAACCAUGCGGUGGUGCUGAGCUGACAACCUCGACCAGGACUAGCGACAUCAUUGAAUUCAUCUUGAGCACGUCACCGACUGGAAACAGCCAGGUACACCGGUACAGGACGCCCUCUAUUGUCAGAUAACGAGAGUGGCUUCAUGUGGCUGUCUGGUGUGUCUGUUGCUUGUUGGGUACGCCACUGAUCCACGAGAAUGGAACAGUCCGUGCUGUAAAUGACUAGUCGUCUACCAAGGGCAGCUUGUGCCUUUUAACCUCUGUGCUAUCUCGCUUACAGAAAGCUUGAUCGUUAAAUACAGACAUAGCACAUCAAGUGUUCCAUUUUCCUUUCUUUUAGCACGUGCCUAGCAUGGUUAAGGCUAACGUGACUUGUAAAAUCUGAUUAUUAUUUUCUGUUAAGCCUAAUAUGUUUUGCACUUGGGACAUCAGUGCUCAAACUGCAAUGUGUGUGCCCUUAGGUUAUCAUUGUGGAAACCCAAUUAAUCACAUUUGAGAACUAAAGUGAAUUCCAACGAAGUGCGUGGUUGAACACAGUUCAAGAGAGGUUUUAUGAAUGUCAUGUCACGAUCACCAAUUCUAGUCCUUUUGUUUAUCUGUUCAAAAACUGCCCACUGAAACUGAGCGCUCACCAAUGCACAGGUGUCACUUUGAGGAAAGCGUUGCUGCACAUAGCCACUGGAGUACAGGGCACUAGAACAUACCUAAUAGCUGCCAGAUUUUCUGCCUGUAACAAUUUUUUUUUAAAAAUACUUAUUGAGUGCUUGCAUGACAUUCAUGUACAUUGUAUACAGACUUACUUAUGGUUUACAUGCAUUUGUAUUUCUCAGCUGUUCUUGUAACAGUACAUCUGUCCAGCAAUGUACAUGUACUGUAACAUCAGGUACACAACUUGCUCAGAGGUGGACCAUAUGUGUUUUGGUUAGCAAUAAUUUUGGGAAUUAUUUAUAUUUAAUGGUACAUAUUUUUGACAUGGUAAUGAAUUUACCUAUUUCUUGUCAAUACUCAAGACAUUCAAAGUGAACAUUUUGUCGGUGGGGGGGGGGCCGCAUUUGAUGGGUUAUUUUCUGUAACCACUACCCGAUUGGUAACUGUGUGCUGUUUAAUUGUGUAAAUGGUGAAAUGAAUCUAAGCGAGUUGCUCGAGCUGAUUACUUUCACGUAGAAUAAUGCAAUACAUGUACAUGUACAUACAUUUCCGUAUCAAGCCUCCCGUAAUGUUCAUCCUACCAAAGCUAAACAUUGUGACUGCAGAAGAUAUCUAAGAUGCAGUCAUACACUGUUAAUGACCCUCCCUUGAUGCUGUACUGAGUUUUUGGGUUGCAGUCUGCAGUUGGACUCCAACUGUUUGAUGUUGGGAAAUGCACAGUGUGAAUUUAUUCUGAGUCACGACCACCAUGUAUUUUCUGGGUUUUUGUGUUACUGGUUUUAAGAUGUUCACUUAUGUUUCACACCUUUCUCCUUGUUAAUGUAUUUGAUUUUACAAUGCAAUGCCAUUAACAAAUGCGCAGGCUUUGGCUUACUUGUCACAUAAAAAGUCCUCUUUUUACAUUUUAUUCCUGUUUUUUGUUGAAAAUGUCAAUGAUUGGUAUACUUUCCACUUUCUCAUUCCAAAUCUUUUUCUUUUGGUUUUGGAUAAAUCACAAGUGUUUAUCUCCUGAGGGUGUUUGAUAUGAAAUGUCAGUUAUGUUCAACUGCAGGCUUUCCUAAAUUGAGGCCCCAACGUUCUGCUGUGUGAGGAUGAACACAUGUAUUAACACAUGUACUUAAAUGUGUGAGCAUCUGCCAGAUUUAGUGGACAAUUUGUAUUCAGGACCAGUCUUUCUGUCAAAGUGGCGGCUAUUACACAGUUUACCAUUUUAUCAGGGACAGGCGUGAUUUUAAAAUUUCUCCAGAUCUUUAAAUCAGUUAUUUUUUAUCUUCCUCAGCAUUUUGCCACCCUUGACAUUUAUGUGGAAGAUCGUCUACAGUUGACUUGAAAUAACCGUAACUCAAUUUUAAUCUUAAAGCUUCCGUCCAUUCGUCGUAUUUUGAAUUGUUCUUUUAACUGUUGAUAAAUCCGUCCUUAGCACUCAAAAAGUGCCUCUGCAGUUGCCAGUGAUGUAAUAUGUGUAUUCUGUACUUUUGAAAGCAGUCAGUACAGAUAUUUUGUUUUUUAUUCUUUGUUCCAAGUUACUCUCAAUUAGUAAACUUACAUGUGGCGUGCACACAAAAUAAGCCUGUGAUGGAUGUCUAAAAAUGGACAGUCACUCGCUGGUUUUUGAAGGAUUUGUUUCUACUCCACCGUCGUUCCUAGGCCUACGCUUGCAGUAUUUGGGGAUUAAUUCAAACUUGCAGAAAUUUCAAUUGAAAGGAAGUUUUACUGUGGUGAGGUGUCAGUAUAUUUUCUUAUAACAGACUUAAAACAAAAUCCUCAAUUUAUAUUGUUGAUUCCUAGGUUUUACGCAAAAUGAGAUCGUUGAAAUGACUUCCUCUUGAAGUAGAUUUUUUUAUUGGGAACUAAAGAUGUAUAUUUUGUAAGUGAUGUUGCCAAAACUUCUGUAUAGUAAAAACUAAUUCCAACUUUGUGUGUACAUAUUACAUUGUAUUAUACUUGUAACUUCAGGUUUUAUAGCAUGUGUGCUCUGCCUCUAUGCAGAUAGCAGUUAACCUUAUUUUUUUUCAGUUCUGCAUGUUCUGCGAAAUAAUGACGAUAUUCCUUGCAUUUAGGUUAAAUUCAUGACGUUAAUUUUACUUUUUUUAGUUGGUGAAGAAGGUUUCACUAAUUGUCGAUCAGAUACAAAUCAAAUAGGAAAUCGAACUACCUAUAGCCUAGUGGAUCAAUUAGGGGAAAUUAUUAAAAAAUAUACACAUCCUGGCUCAACAGUUCAUGGAUCUGUGCUGUCGAGAAGCCUACAUUGCCUCUGUGGCCGAAGCACAUUUUUCAGCCAUCCAGGGGGUUGACAUUUCGCCAUCCCAGAUUUAAUUUCAAAUUUAGUCUCUGCAGACAUGUCCUAUACAACAGACAUCAAAGUGAAUUUCAAAUAAUGAAUUGUUUUCACGUUCAGAGAAAGAAGUAUUUUUGUUUCAUCUCUGUUCCUUUGACACUACCUUGAUUUUUUUUUUGCAGUACAGUAUUAAUCACAAGAGUUUCUAUUAUUGCAUGCGAUAUUGAUAUGAUUGCAGCCACGUAUUUAAUGAAAAUAAAAACUUGAAGAGCUUCAUUCAAA